AUGUACACCACUUUGCCUCGUGACAAGUCCGGAUUCCCCAACCUCCAGGGCGAAUCUCUGGGGGUUCUAGCCCAGAAGAUGCACAUCUACCAACUCCACCCAGGCCACGAUAAUCUAGUUCGCCUCCAACGAAAGGUUCGAGUCUGGAUCAACAACCAUCUGACCUUGGAUAAUCUCCACCGAGUCUGCCAUUAUGCUGUGUCCCAGAGUCCAACACAUCUCGAGGUACCAUUGUAUCAAUGGGCAUCCAAGUUAUUUGUCCAACUUGGCCAGGAGGUAUACUUUGGAGCAACCCUCAGCAAAAUCAACCCCGAGGUACCCAACAACUUCCUUAUUUUUGACGAAUUAAUAUGGAAAGUGCUGUACCAGUAUCCAGAUUUCCUCUCGCAAGACAUGGCAAGAGGCAGGGCCAGGGUUGUAGCUGCAUUAUCUCAAUAUUUCCAAACGCCCACGGCCGAUCGAGUGGAUGCUGCCUGGCUGAUCAGAGCCAUGGAGGAUGAGAUGAGGGCACUCGGGGUGGAGGUGGAGGAUAUGGCUAUCAUCGUAUUCCACCUCUACAUUGCGGAAGAGACAAGGCCAGCAUUUGAUGGGGACACCCUGGUCGAUCCCUUUUACAUCCAGGACCGCUUUAAAUGUCCCCAGGUCGAUGCUAUCUGGCAUGAGACCCUUCGCAUGGCAGGAUGGUCCGCGUCAAUCCGCCUCAUCACCAAAGACACCGUCAUUGGGGGCAAGCUGAUGCGCAAAGGCCACCGCGUAAUGGUUCCGCACCGCAUACAGCACUUUGACGAAUCCGUCUUCGGCGAGAACACGCACGAAUUCCAACCGGAGCGGUGGUUAAAAGAACCGAAUCUGCCGCAGAGUCCGUCCUGGCAUCCGUUUGGCGCCGGGAAGACAUUAUGUAGCGGUCGUUUCUUAGCCCGGUAUACUGUCACCUCGUUUGUGGCUACGGUGCUACGGCGUUUCGAUAUCGAGAUGGUCGGGAACCCGCCAUUUCCAGAGGGGGACGAGGGAAGGCCGGUCUUGGGCAUCAUUUCAAUCAAGGAAGGGCAGGAAUUCAAUGUGAGACUCACGGCCAGAGCGAACAGCUCCUAG